UGCCGAAUAAAAUAAAAAUAAACAAUGGAGAUAAUAAUUGAAGAAGACAAGAGUAUUUUCUCCGGCGGCUUGGACUGGAGCAGCUUGCAUAGACCGCACCUAUCAGCGAAGUUCUAUCGUUCCUCCUGGAAGUCCGGGCUCGUACAAUUUUCCGCACAAUGCUCCAACUUUUCACGUUCCAGGCCAUUAUAUAUUCCUUCAUUCUCGGAUUCAUCCUCAUCGUCCAUUCACAUGAUUCCAGAUCUAACCUCCGUCAUUCCCGCCGGAAAAUCGAUAUGCCCACCGAACCGGUAGAUUCUCUCCAGGUGCCGGCGGGCUCACCCUUCAAGAUCGCGUUGUUCGCCGACCUGCAUUUUGGAGAGAACGCGUGGACAGAGUGGGGCCCGCAGCAGGAUGUAAAUUCUGUCCUAGCAAUGUCUGCCACCCUCGAUCAAGAACACCCAGGUGAAUGAGUAACAAUCCUUUUGCUGCUAAAAUGAAUGGAUCAUAUUGCUCUUAAGUGCAUUCUGUGAAUUCCUUAUUUAUUAACUUACAAUUAUGUGCUCUGUGAUAUCUCUACCAAGACACUUCUGACAGAUUUUGUGAUUUAUCUUGGGGAUCUCAUCACUGCAAACCAGGGGCGGAGCUAGUGCAAUAGGUCGGACUGGGCCGGUACAAAGAAUAUUUUUGGAAAUUUUUUUACACUGAAUUUUUUACACUAAAAAUACAGGCAUUUUUAAAAUUUGGGCUGGGCCAGGGCCAGGGAUGGCCCUCCCCUAGCUCCGCCCAUGCUGCAAACAAUAUACCAACAAAAAAUGCUAGCUUUUAUUGGGACCAAGCAAUCUCUCCUACCAGAGCAAGAGGAAUUCCUUGGGCUAGUGUUUUUGGUAACCAUGACGAUAUGCAGUUUGAGUGGCCAAUAGAAUGGUUUUCAUUGUCCGGAGUUCCUCCAAUCCAGUGUCCACAAAACCUUUCAUACCCUGGAGGCAAAGAAGAUUGCAGCUUCAGGGGAACAACUCGCUUGGAUUUGAUAAAAAGUGAAGUGGAGUGCAACACAAUAUUAUCAUACUCUAGAAGUGGUCCAAAGGAUAUGUGGCCCAGUGUUUCCAACUAUGUCCUUAAACUUUCAUUGUCAAGUGACCCUGAGCCUGCUGUAGUGUACAUGUACUUCCUAGAUUCUGGUGGUGGCUCAUACCCUGAGGUUAUCUCUAAAGCCCAGGUGGAGUGGUUCAACCACACGGCUCAUGAACUCAAUCCGGAUGCAAGGGUGCCAGAGUUGAUGUUUUGGCAUAUACCUAGUCAAGAGUAUCAAGAUGCUGCUGCACAACUUUCUCAACACAAAAACUGUGUGGGUUCAAUGUUUGGAGAGAAAGUUGCUGCUCAGGAAGCUGAAAUGGGGAUUAUGGAGCUCCUUGAGGGAAGAUCUUCUCUGAUGGCAUUGUUUGUUGGCCACAACCAUGGAUUGGACUGGUGUUGCCCCUACAAGAAGCUGUGGUUGUGCUAUGCUCGUCAUACCGGCUAUGGUGGAUAUGGGAAUUGGGAUAGAGGGUCAAGGAUUAUCGAGAUCACCCAGCGUCCUUUCACCCUAAAAUCGUGGGUUCGGAUGGAAAAUGGUACCGUCCACAGUCAAGUUGUCUUGAGCAGCUUUUGAUCUGCCCGCUUUUCUCAACUUUUAUAUUACCAGAAGUCGUGAACUUUACAAAUGAUUCUACCAAACGGUCAAUAUUUCACCAUCUCUUUUGAAAGCUUCAUACUUGGAGCAAAAUUGACAUGUGUAGAUCAAACACUAGGUGAUACAAAGUCAAAGAAAAACGUAAAAAAGUUAUCGGAAGAUGAUCAACUUCUUUUGAUUACCGUGCAAAAGUAGUGCAUAUUGGCAUAUCGAAUUUUAAGAAUUUGCCUGAUUUGACUGUGAAUUAUUUGAGAAAGGAGAAGGGAUUUUCCCCUAAAUAUUAUUCAAUUAAAGCCAAGUUCCAAG